CCCUCUGUGAAAGAACACGACAUCAAGUUAGGCUAGUGGACAUUGAGUUAGACAAGGAAAGCUUUAAGCUAUAAAUAUUUCCUUAAUGGAGAAAACUGUGCUGAAUUUCAUUUCAAACAUCUGUGGAAUUACAUCACAUGACUUCUUCACAUAAACAGUUAGAGCUUAAGUUACCAACAGAAGGAGCUUUUCUGUUUGUGAAGUGUUUUAUACAUUAUAUAAGUUAAAGUGAUCCUUGACCAUUAGUUCAAACUGACCUGUGGCCUUGGGCCCUCCCACUGACCACUACCUGGAGAUUUGACCAUAUGUGACUGGGGAUGUAAUACACAGAUCUCUGAGUACAGUGUGUAUCUAUAUAUACCCCAGGUCAACCAAUCUUCUAACUACCUGUAAUUAACAACUUAGACUGGCAAUGAAAUUAACCAGGAUCUGUAAAUAGAUGUGCGGUCAGUAACCCAAUACACAUGGUCCUAGGUCCACUGGGCAGUCUUCAUAACCUCAACAUGCCCACCAAACAGAGAUACUCCCUUUUUGCCUGUACCAGGCCCAUGGAGGACUUCAUGCCUAUUGGUCACAGAGUCUGGGAUAUCCGUAACCAGUUAAACGAACAGCUAAGAUGCCUAGAAAACAGACUAGAAAUUCAAGUUGCCAUGGUGACAGAGAUACAAGAUUUCUUCCGGAAAAAGGCAGAGGUAGAAAUGGAGUAUUCCAGGAGUCUGGAUAAACUGGUCAAAUCCACCAAGUUUCGUCACAAACAGGAGAAACAAAAGAGGGAACACUGGUCCAUGUUCUCCACUAUGUCGUGUUGGCAACAGUUACUUGACAUCACCAAGAAAGAAAGCAGGGACCAUGGAGUGAUGAGUGAAAUUUGUAACAACCAACUUGUCCAGAGAAUGGGCCACAUCAUAGAUAAUUCACAAAGGAUCUACCGAAGGUGUCGAGAUAUUGGUGUGGAGAGCCAUGAGGACAUUAUGAAAACACUUACAGAAUUACAAAGUGCUAUGAAAACCUAUCACACAUACCAGUCGGAGAGUAAACAGGCAGAGGCCAAACUCAAGGCUGUAGAGACUCAGAAAUCUAAACUGGAACUUCAGCUCUCCGGCAAAAAUGUCUCAAAUAACCGCAAACUAAAAAGCUUUAUCCGUCAGACGGAAAAGAGACAAUCUAAAUACUCUGAGAACAAAUUGAAGGCCUUGAAAGCAAGGAACGACUACCUUCUGUGUAUAGAAGCAGCCAAUGCAGCCAUCAACAAGUACUUUUCUGACGACAUAUCAGAUCUUAUGGACUGUAUGGACUUUGGAUACCAUAACUCGGUGAAGAAUUCAAUGCUGAUGUAUCAGAAUCUUCACAAGAAUCUGAGUAGAUGCCACCAACAGAGUGUGGACAUCGUCCAGAAAUGUGUGGCAGAGUUAGAUGCCCAGGCCGACAAACAGCGAUUCAUUGAGCUCCAGAAUGCUGCAUUCAUGCUGCCAAAGAAGUUUGAAUUUCAGCCAUGUAGAGGAGAUGAGGUCCAACAAAUCAGUGCUCAAAAACCAGUACAGGAUGAUAUCCUCCAACGACACCGUGCAAUACAGGAACGGCUUGUCGACCUUCGCCUAGAGAAUGACGAGACAUGGAAGACGCUUGAAGCAACAGAGAAAUCACUCAAUGACAAAAUUAAUGUGGCCGACUACGAUGUAUCGAGUUUCUUUGUGGAUGAGAAUCAACCACCGCGUUCACCUCACGAAGCAGCCAAACUACGAGGGGACAGACUGGAGGUGGAGGGCUUCUACUUAGAUAAAUUCCGCUCAUACACGUUAAGCUGUAACAGAAUAUCACGACUCCAGGCCAAACAAAGUGCAAUACAGAAAUCUGUGGGUGACAAUCUGUCAAAUACUGGACGACCACCAUCACUACCACCAAAGCCAAAGAAGAGAAGGAUAGGUCGGAGUCAAAUUGAAGGAGAGAAGAAGUUGUUUGGGGGCAGCCUGGAGGAAUAUAUAGAGGCUACUGGUAACGAUAUUCCACUGAUUAUCAGGAGCUGUAUACGAGCCAUCAACCUUUAUGGUAUGCACCAUCAAGGUAUAUUCCGUAUCUCAGGUGCUCAGGUAGAAAUCAACGAACAUAAGGUAGAAUUUGAAAAAGGUCAUGACCCUUUGGUUGACGUGGAUCCUAGUGACAUUAACUCUGUGGCCGGCGUGCUGAAGGCGUACUUCAGGGAGCUGAGGGAACCUCUAUUUCCACUGCCACUGUUUGAUGAGCUCAUAGACGGCAGCAAGCUUGAUGACCAACACAGAUGGGAGAAGAUUAAAGAACUAUUGUCCUCACUGCCUCGCUGCAUCCUGAUUGUGAUGAAGUAUCUCUUCUCCUUCCUCAACCAUCUCUCGGAGUACUCAGACGAGAACAUGAUGGAUGCCUAUAACUUGGCAAUUUGUUUUGGCCCGACUCUCCUACCCAUCCCACCGGAUCGUGACCAGGUGUCCUAUCAGAGCAACGUUCACGAAGUCAUCAAGACCAUUAUUAUCCACCAGGAGGACAUAUUCCCAAACUUCGAAAACUCCGUCGUUUAUGAAAAGUGUAUCCUGGAGACUUCAAGGGAUACAACGGAUGAUGUCACUGAAGACGAAGAUGAAACAAGUUCUAUCAGGAGCAAUGAGGAUGAAGAUGAUGAUGAUGCAGAAAUCUUUGAAGCUGUAGCUCUGUUUGAUUUCACUGGACGUACAGAGCGUGAACUCUCCUUCAAAAAGGGAGAUAACUUGAUUAUUUACAACAAGAUGUCUACAGAUUGGUGGGAGGGCUGCUUUAACGGGAAGGAGGGCCUGAUCCCGGACAAGUACAUCUCUCUUAAACAUCCACCAGAAGAUAAGAAAAGCCACUCCGAGGAUGAACGCUCCAUUUCCUUGUCAUCUCUCCCAGGGCGGGGCCAUCAACAACCAAGUGGUGGUGAGGACUUUACUCUGGAGAAGUCUGUGUCACAGCCUAAUAUCUCCAUUAAAGACAUGUCCUCAUCAGCAGGGAUGAGUCCUGCCCCUUCCCCACAGACAACACCUCGCUCAUCAUCAUCUUCAACACAGGAGCCUGCUCCAACAGGUGUCUGUGAGAACACGCCCAUCUUGUCCAUUACUCGAGAUGGGCGCCUAGAGAUGAAACGUCAACAGUCAACUUCCGACCCCAAUACAGAGGAGAUUAGUGCUGACAUUGACAAUGCGUUGGCCGAGGUAGUAUCAGGACUCAAAUCAUUGGAGAUGCAGCAACGCGGUGACAAACGUAUGAGUCUUCCACUUGUGAAGCAGAAAGCCACACCCAAACACACCCCUGAUCUCGUGCUUGAUCUGCCUGAGGGGUCCAACUCUUCACCCCAGGAAGGCAGUGGGCCAGACAGUCCUACUAACACUGUCGCGGACCGGUUUGCCCAGUCCAACCAGGGUACACUCAAAAAGGCGAGCUCCAUGCCCCGAAACAUCAACCCUCCAACAGUCAGUGUUGGUAACGUUAUGAGUGCUAGUGUAACAAGUAGCCAUGGAGAAAAUAUAACUUUUGACCCUGCAUAUCUAGCAGAUCAGCCAGUGUUUUCUACAUUUGCACAAGGGCGUAAAAGUGUAAACCCAAACCGUUCCAAGAGUCUGACUGACCAUGGACCAGUGGAACUUACCGCUGCUAACAAACAGGCCCCAGUGCCAGUCCUACCCCCAGUACCAGUGCUUCCUCUCUCCCACAGCAUUCCCUCCGUUGGGGGUGUGACCCCACCCCCUGUGGCAGAUAAACCCAAACCCCCUAUAAAAGUAAAGCCCCCCGUGAUGAAGAAGCCUACGAGAUCCCCAGAGGUUCAGCGUCGCUUCCCUCCCCCUGCCCCCACACCACAAGACUGAGUCUUCCAGUGAGUUAGUGAUGAAUGACUGUGGAUUUAAUGUGAAAGCAGCAUUGCUAGAGGGCAGGGAGUUACACUGUAUUAGCAGUGCUCAGGACAGUAUCCUGGCGUGGCUGCUUUGGGGCCCCCAGACAGGAGAUCUGGAUAUAUAGUGUAUGUUGACUCCUUGGUAAGGCUGUACUAGAUUAGGUUUACAUGGAUAAAUGAUCUGACUUUUUUUAUCUAGGAAAUUUCAGAAUUUAUAUAUAUUAUAUAUAUACAUACAUUUAAAACAGCAUGUACAUUAUGAUUUUGUGAAGCCAAAUCUGUCCUACUGUGUAAAGACGCAUAAUAUUUGUAUGAUUUUUAAAGGCAAUGCUUUACCCUCACCCUGGACUGUGCCUGUUCCAGUGUUUUGUGUACAGAAGGGUGGUUACAUAAUUGAUUAAUGGGAUCAGAGUUUGUGUAUGAGGUGUCUGUCACUGACAACUUCUGGUCUGUAUCAUACCUAACUUUACUGUGCAAUAUUAGAUUUUAACUUUUUUUUCACUGCUUUAAGCUGUGUAUUUGAAUAAUACACAGUGUUUCUCACUUUGAGUCCAGGUUAUGCUAUGCUUCUGGGCAAUAUUUUACUGUGUUUUAGAGCGAUUCAUUGUGUCACCCACUGAAUCACUGCUACCAACUGAUGCACCAUGUUAUUUAGUGAUAUACUAGGUUGCUAAGGAACACACUAUGUAACUAUGUGAUACAAUGUGUUACCAAACAAUACACUGUGUUUCUAAGUGAUACACUAUGUUAUAUAGUUAUACAUUGUAUUACUAUGUGAUACUCUGUGUUAAUAUGUAAUACACUGUGUUACUAUGUGAUAUGCUGUGUUACUUGGUAAUACUUUGUUACUUACUGGAACAUUGGUAUGAGGUGAUAUCUAGUGUUAUAUGGGGAUGGAAAGGAUUGUGAAAUAGGUUUAUAUGGUGAGGGCAUUUUCUUCUGUGCUAAAUGAUAUCUGCUUUAAAAUCAGAAGCUAUUGACAGAGAACGUGAUCUAAGCUAUGAGGAUUUAUUACAAUGUCUUUAGGAGGACCACAAUUUUAUUUAAACAUUGUGCCAAAAGCAUCUUAUUUUUCCUUUUUCACAAAAAUCUGGUCAAUCUGUCAAAAGGAGAGGCCACUUCAGGGGCCAUAACUCCUACAAUUACUGUUUGUAACUUAUUUCUCCAACAUAAGGUAAAAUCUUGUUUCUUCAAUAUGGGGUAAAGGUCAGUAUUUUUGUGAAUGGGCAAAACAUAUCAUAGAGGCAUUGAUAAAUGUAUUGUCGUAAAAUCCAUGAUAUGGUCCAAAGUCUCAAAUGUUCACAUCCUGAAAUGCAAAAAUGAACUCAAAAAUAAUUUAGAUAAAGCUUGCAUGAAAUGUUGUCAUUUUCGUAACUUCAGUGAUUUCAAUAUUGUUGUUUUGUUAACUUUCUAUCUAUUUAUUUUUUGGGCUUUUUUAACAGAAUGCGAAAUAUGAGAAUGUGAAGUGUAACAAGGAUCAACAUUUUGAUGUGGUUAAAGCUGAACUGGGAGGUGGAUUUCAAAAAUAUAUGCAAGAAAAGAGUUUAGCAACAAUAUGGAUGUUAUAUAAAUUGAUAUCAUUAUAACUCUGUGUAAUUUCAGAAAAAGAGUUUAACUCAAUUUAAAAAAAAAAACAGAUUGUAGACUUUACUACAGUAUUGAUAAUAUAUGUAUCUUGUCUGAAGCAGUACGGAACUUAGGAUGUAUAACUAGCAUUAUAGAUUUAUAUUUUAGAAAGGUGCUAAUAAUCUAAAAUUAUAAACUGAAGGUUUAUGUUCAAAACCUGCAUACUAUAUCAAUCAAAUCAUUAUCAUUUUAGAUUACAAGACAAUUCUAUCACUUUGAUAAUAUUUUGUAUUUUGUAGUUGUUUUUUUAUUACUUAUUCCUGAAAUCAAUAAUUGUCCUCUUCCAAUGGUCCUAAGGAAGUACUUACUGUAUUUUAGUUGUGUAUGAUAUUCAUUGUUGGUCAAGUAUUUGAAUAAGUAGCUACAUAUUUCACAUAAUUAUAUCAACAUAGGAUUAGGAUUAUUUUGUAUUGAAACUGGAUAGAUGUCAUUGUGUAGGAAAACAUAAUGUGGAAUUUACCUGAAAACACUCCCGAUUAAUUUUAUAUUGGUUGUGAACUUGUGAAUGAAUGGAUUCCAGCUGUGUUUCUGUAUUUAUCCUGUAUUAACACCAGUACUGGGUUGUAGAGAAAUACAGGACAGCAACAAGAUUUCCCAUGUAAGCCUGACUGCUCUGCACUUCAAGAGUGGAUGUUUUGUUUAUAUCAUUUCAGUAUCAUUUUAAGAAAACAUAACCAAGGUGCUUUUAUCAUCUACCAUAUCUAUCUAUAUUGUCAGUGUGCAGUGUUAUAAUUCAGUUAGUAUCACUUAUAUUACGAAGAACAAGAAAUAUAUAUAAUGCAGUGCAAAUCUUAAAUAUUAAAACUGUGAGUGAUCAAACACUAUGAUACCAACAAAACCAGUUCCUAGGACUAAGAUUUCAUCAAUAUAUUGGGAAAUUUAAACUUCAUAAUUCCUGCAAAAUAACAGAAUAUGUGUUUACUCCUUGUAUAUGGAACAUUUCCAUAGAUAUAUCGAAACUUCUGUAAAAAGGACCUUGUGAGAAAUUCGUUAAAAAGAUCCAUAUUUAUCAAAGUAAAUUCUAUGAAAAUGACGAUGUAUGUGGUGCACAUCAUGGAGUGUAUGAAUGAUUGCAAGUGCAAGUAUGGAGUUGAGUGUGUGUGAUAAUGAUUUGUUUUGAGUCGUAAUAAUGAAACUGAAGUGGAUGGCUAAGAAAAGGCAAGUUUGUCUCUAUACACACUAACGUGUUUUACUAGCUUGUUUUAAUGUACAAUACAAUGUUUUAUAAUGAUACACAGUUUUUGAAGCACUGUAUCAACAUACAGUAUUGAGAUUGUACCGACUCAUUUGUGUAUCAGUAUUUUACCAACAUUAUACUUUGUAUUGUACUAUGAUACAUCGUAUCAAUAUUUUACUACAUCAUUGGCUACAACUUUGUAUAAUGUAUGAAAUUUUUGGUACAAUGUUUAACUUUGUAAUGUAAAAUACAGUGUAAUAUUCUAGGUAUUACUGUUGAUUAUCUAUCCUGAUUACUAAUGAUAAUUAAACAGUUAUCAUCAUUGACCUUACAUCAGAACAAUGCUCAUUUUUUCUCAUAUAUAAGAUAUAGAUGUAUAAUGUGCUUUUAAUCAUGGACUCAUGGAAUAAACAGAUGAGAUGGA